CUGUUGAAAGUUGUCAAAGAAACCACUGCUCUGCAGUCAUAAUAGGAUAAAAAAAAACCACCCAGAUUUAAAAAAGGCACAUUGAGACUCUCUUCUUUGCUUGCCUGGUGCUGAAGGAGAUGAAUGUAACCGCAUCACCCAAGACUAAAACUGAACAGGACUGCUUAAGAUAUGGUAAAACGGGCAGCUUUCAAUUGGAUGAUUUUAUAGCUGGAUGGGUAGGAGGAGCUGCAGGUGUUAUUGUGGGACAUCCUUUGGACACAGUAAAGACUCGCUUACAAGCUGGGCAAGGCUAUGGAAACACAUUUAACUGUGUCCGCACUAUAUAUAGAAAUGAAGCUGUUACUGGUUUUUUUAAGGGAAUGUCUUUCCCAUUAAUCAGCAUUGCUGCUUAUAAUUCAUUGGUAUUUGGUGUCUUCAGCAGUACUCAAAGGUUUAUUUGCCAAUAUCGUUAUGGGAAACCUUACCAUCCUCCUGCACUUACAGAUAUAACUUUAGCAAGCAUGGUGACUGGGGCUUUCUCAGUAGGAAUUGGUUGCCCAGUUGACCUAGUAAAAAUAAGGCUACAGAUGCAGACACAGACUUUUCCUAAGGCCAACCUGGAAAUGAAGCAUAAAGCAACUGGCAUCUCAGUACAGGCUGCCUACCGAGGUCCAAUUCACUGUGUCGCUACAAUUCUUCAGCAGGAAGGUUUGCCAGGCCUCUUUCGAGGUACGACCGCCAUGCUUCUGAGGGACGUCCCAGGAUACUGCCUCUACUUUAUCCCUUACGCAUUGGUUUCUGUCUGGAUCACUUCAGACGAAUGUCUUUCUCCCACUCCCUUUGCUGCAUGGAUGGCUGGUGGCAUUGCAGGAAUCAUAUCUUGGGGAACAGCAACUCCUAUGGAUGUUGUGAAAUGUCGUCUCCAAGCAGAUGGAGUUUACUUAAACAAAUACAAAGGAGUCAUUGACUGUAUUUAUCAAAGUUACAACAGUGAAGGUUUAAAAGUCUUUUUCAGAGGUCUUACCGUGAAUACAGUGCGAGGAUUCCCUGUAAGUGCUGCCACAUUCCUUGGAUACGAACUUUCACUCAAAGCCUUAAGAAAAGAAGCAGAGACAAAUCCUUAAAUUCCAGGUCAGUUUCACAGAACCUUGAGCACUUCCAAAUAUGCUCCAUUAGUACAGUCAUCUGAAAAAGAUGAAUGAUGGGUGGAUAUCAUGGACAGUAUCCUUUUCUGCAUCUGAACAAACCAUGUUUUGGGCACUUUAAAAAACUGUUUAAUUGUUUGAAAUUCUGUUAUUUGUAAGGAAAAACACACAAAGAUAAUUUAACAAGAGUUACUUCUAGGCACCCUGCCUGCCCUCAAACAUUUUUUUAAAAGUAAUAUAUGAAGGUUAAUGAAAAGCAAUGUCUCUGCUUUCACGAUUUUAAUUUAAUUAGUGAUACUGUAAUUAAUAAA